UACCCUCUUCAUACUGCUGGCUGUCAUCUCGGUGCUCAAAAGACAAAAUGGAAAUGAAGUAUGGACAGAGGACAGAAAGAAGAUCAAGAUAAGUCACAAGUUUCGAUUACAAAGCUGAUCAGUUUUUGGUUUCUUAGACUAAAUGAACAAGUAAUGUGUUUCCGAUCUCAAGGGAGAUAUGCAAACAAUCCGAUGCUCAGAAACAGCAUCCUGCACUGUUAUUUCACCGCUUUCUAAACAAUGACUGAACCCAGGGGUCAGAUGAAGAGUUCAAAUGGGGCAAGCAGCAUUGUAAUGGACCUACAGUCUGCUUCAAUCAACCCUAAUGUCUCAUCUUCAUCUUCGUCUCCAAAAUUUGGCGGGAGCAACUUCAAGAGAGUCAGCCGCACAGAGGACAGCAGUCCCUGUCCGAUCCCCGGCCUGGCAGCAGACAUCCUGCACAUGCGAGUGAAAGAAGGAAGCAAGAUCCGCAAUUUGCUGCGGUUUGCAACAGCUCGCAUGCAAGGAGAGGGAAAAGAUGGCAAUGGGACAUCACUGAGACAGGUGGUCUUCACUGGCUCAGGCAGAGGAGUCACCAAGACCAUCACCUGUGUGGAGAUUCUAAAACGUAAAGUGGGAGGGCUCCACCAGGUGUCCAAGCUCCACUACAGGACUAUAAACGAGGUCUGGGAGAGUCCACAACAGGGAUCUCCAGAUAUAACCAUGCAGAAGACAGUCCCUGCUAUCUGUAUCCUGCUCUCUAAAGACCCUCUGGAUCCCCAGGAACCUGGAUAUCAACCCCCCCAAACUCCCACAGAGGAUGCAGAGAGACGGAGAGCUCUGCUCAGGCCAGCUCAGAGUCCCUCCUCACAGCACACAGCAAAGAGAGUCUGCCCGGAUGACUGGACUGUAUGUUCUACAAAGUCUGAAUGCAUCAUGUGA